UUCAGCCCUUGAAGAGAUUUUUAAGAAGUGCAGGGCCAAGACACGAUAGCUUAAAAAUUGUGGGAUCUGCUGCAUUUCCAGUCAAAGUGUAUGUCAAGCUGAAUGACAAGAGUCCACAUAUUUUAUGUCUUACAAAUCAUCUGCAAAACUUAGAACUGAUUGAUCCAGUAUUCUGGUGGAGUGGACCAGGUGGUAAUCUUUCUUCAGGAAAUAGCAAUGUGCAAAUAUCACCAACAGGAACUUUAAUAUUGAGACACUUCAACCUGAGUGGAGCUUACACGUGUUCUAUUGUUUAUAAGCUAACAGCAAUGCAAACUGAUGAAAACCUCUUAAUAAAAUAUCUUAUUUAUGCUUAUUCUGAUCCUAAACAGUACUAUGAAUUCACAGCCCGGUACCAUGCAGCUCCUUGCCACAGCACUCAUAAUACUUAUUUUGAGAGAACAUUGGUUUUGAUACUUAACAAACUUGUUGCUGAACUUUCUUGUGUGGUUACAUUAAUUAAGGCAGAAUGCCAUCAUGUAAAAAUGCAGAGAGGAGGUCUACAGAAUGAAAUCUUCUUUACAUUUGCAGUUUCUUCCUUAAACAGAGAAAACCAGAACAGACAAUGUCAGCAAAGUGCUUGUGAUGCAUCUCAUAGACUAAACAAG